AUGCCACAAGAGAAGAUUAAAACGCCAAUAACGGUCCUUUUGGAAUUGACUCAAAAGUGUAAAUAUAGUCUGCCUAAUUAUAAAUUCAGUGACGGUCCGAUUUAUUAUGGAAAUACGUUUCACUGUGAAGUUGAAGUUGCAAACGUUUUCGCAGUCGGUUUUGGGCAUACGAAGAAAGAAGCUAAACAGAGUGCUGCUAGCAACGCUCUGGAGGAACUUGCAGAGCAAGGAUCGCAUAACGAUGGUCCUCAGGAGAUCGAUUUGACUUCAAAACCAACUGAAAAUUUUAUUGGAGCCCUAAACGAACUUUGUGAUAAACUUAAAUUUAUUAGGCCUAUUUUCAGUCAUGUAUCUAUUGUGGAACCUCAGUGCCGUAUAUUUACUUGUGAAUGUAAGGUAUUUUCAAUGAUUACUGAAGGAAGGUUUAGCACCAAAAAGCGGGCUAAGCAGUUGGCAGCCAAACAUAUGCUAGACAAAAUUCAAAAUAUGUCUCCAGGAAGUAUAACUGAUUUGCAGAAGUUAACUGUUAAGGACUAUAAGGCUAGAGAGGAAUACUGUAGGCUAGCUAGCGCUUUGAAGGUAAAUUUAGAAAGUGGAAAAACUGAAGAUAUCACUCAGAUGUUUAGAAAACUUAUGGAAGAGCAGCACGUAAGUUAUGACGAUUUUAAAGAACAGUUUCAAAAAAGAGAUCUAGCGGGAUUGAACUACAUAUGCGCCAGGCUUGGUGUUAAGUAUGAUAUGACUAUGUUGCAAGAGAAUCCGCCUAUGGCUUGUGCCCAAUUUGGGGGCGGCAAAUUCACGUUAAUGGCGCUAGGAACGACCGAGGAGAGCGCUACACGUAAUUUAAUUGACGAAAUUUAUAUAAUUCUAGACGUUUAUAUCGGCAUGUCUGAUAUACAUGAUUAG